AUGAAGGAGAGGCACAGAGUGCUGCUGUUGUCCGGGCUGAUACUGUUCUCCUUUUACUUUGUGUACGACAUCCCGUCUGCACUCAGCCACCAUUUAAGCUUCGGCUCAGACUCAGGAAUAGAAUACAAGAUAACUCUGCUUUACUCUGUAUACUCACUUCCAAACAUAAUCGUUCCCAUAUUCUUUGGGUGGAUUACGCAUGUAAAAAAGUCUACAUUGGCCAAGCUUCUGUGCACCUUUGUCUUCCUUGGGCAUCUGAUCUUCACUGCAGGUGUGUGGAGCCGGAGCUUUAAGAUCAUGCUUAUUGGGAGGUUUCUGUUUGGAGUCGGAGGAGAGAGCUUUGCCGUUAUCCAGAACAAGUUAAUAUCUUAUGAGUUCAAGGGGAAGGAGCUGGGGUUUGCGAUGGGGAUUUUCUCAUGCAUUGCUAGGCUGGGCACGGUUGCAAACUUCCUCUUCACGCCGUUUCUUGCGGACACGGUUGGCAGAAUGUUUCCAUGCGUGAUCGGGAUAUUUUUAACGCUCUUGGGACUUUGGGUAUGCUUCAGGAUAAACAGCUCAGAAAGAUCGCACAAGAUACUGAAGCAAAAGCUUAUUGACCUACAGAAGGAGGGAUUUGGAGGCGAGGCUCAAGACAGAAGAGCGAAUCCUGGGGAGGGUUUUCUUAACGACCCGGGAUCUGCAGCCUUCUCAGAAGCCAUAGGCCCCACACCCAAAAGCACUUCCAAUGCCUUAAACAUCCCUGAAAGCCCGUUCUUCCACGACUACAGCGAAUCUAAGCCUAAGGAGCUUCCCCAGGAAGAUCCGAUUCUUUUCGACAGCCCCUUUUCUCCUUGGAAGGGUGAUAGCAAAGAAAGCACAACGGUAAAGAGCAGGCUUGAAAAGGCAAAGCCCAAGGUUCUCUUCGAGGAAUCCGGGAUGCUGUUUUACGAGCCCAGGCUCGAGGGGAAGAAUACACACCAUUCUGCAUUCUACAUACUUGUUGGUAUGUCCUUUUUAUUUGCCCUGAUAUGGUCGCCGUUUUACACAGUAGCCCCGAUGCUAUUCCAAAAAAGGUAUGGCCUGUCCGCUGUCUCAUCGGGAAAUAUCCUGGCAACUAUCGAGGGCACGUCUCUGGUGCUGAUUACAUUUACAAGUGCAAUCGCCGAUGCGUAUGGAUUCAAGCUGUGGCUGAUUAUGGCCGGAUGCAUUCUCUUUCUCAUAGGCCACUCCGGUAUAUUUUUCAACUUCCUGUCUCCCUAUGCAUCGGCCACCCUCCUAGGAUUCUCCGGUCCACUCAUAGCCUGCUAUUGGCCAUGCAUCCCAUCCCUAGUAUCCGAGGAGUCCUUGGGAACAGGCUUUGCCACCAUAUACUGCAUACUGAACCUGGCGUUUACGUUUUCUCCUGUCGUUGUUGCAUUUCUUGCAACCGGGGACGACUCAUACGACAAUGUUGAGGCUUACAUAUUAGUUAUAGGAACGCUGGCUCUUAUUCUGGUUGGAUUUCUUUUCUACCUGAACAAAAAGCAGUCCCUGGGGCUGAAUAGAAAAACACUGAUGGAGGCAGACUAA